CCCUGAUCUACCGAUACUACCCCUAUCUUUUCCAGUUAUUCACCGUCUAACCACCGCACGGCGAUCCUUGAAACCUCCCCGCGCGGGCUCGGGGUCUCCCUGGCUCCAGGGGUAUAUUCGUCAUUCAAGCGCCACGGAGGUUCCAAGUUCGAACGAGAAGAAGAUGAUUUGCCACGUGUCACCCUCUCGACCCCCCUUUCCUCUUCUGCUCCAUAUGGCCAUUAGGGAUUUUCCCGCUUCUGACAAAAACUGAAGCUUCGCUUCAUUCGACAGUUUCAAAUGUCUUUCUUCGCUUUCUCCGCUCCAAUGGAAGGAGCUUGAAAUUCCUUGGCUCCUUUUUUAGCUUCCCUGUUCUUCUUCCGAAGCCUUGGUCCUGACGCAGAUAACAUGGCAAUGGGUGGCUUGAUUUCGAACAGGAACUUCAUCGGCUCAGCUAAUAUUUAUCAGGACGAAAGAGCUACUCUGUUUAAUGGGAGAAAGAGGUUAACUAUCACGGGUUCCGAGCAUGACACGGGAAAUGUGCUCUCUCGGGAUUUCUGCAGUCAAAUCUCAAAUGCGUUGUCACUCGGAAGCCAGCCUCCACCUUUUCUAUCUCAGCGAGCUAGUUUAAGCCACGAAUUGGUAGUCAGAAGAAGAGUUGGUUGUUUUCUCCAGCCAAGAAUAAACCAUAGCCUUGGUUUUAAGAACAGCGUCAACCAAUGUGGGAGAUUGAAGCUGAAUGGAUCUCGUGUUUACUACAAGUCAGAAGAGUACGACAUCACGGAAACAAAUGUAGAACCACUACGAUCAGCAGAUGGAUCCCCUGAGGCGGUUCUGGUUGAAGGAAAUCUGCAGGAUGCAUCUCCUUGGUGGCAGCAGUUUCCCAAGCGUUGGGUGAUUGUGCUGCUAUGUUUUGCCUCAUUUCUUCUCUGCAAUAUGGACCGUGUUAAUAUGAGCAUUGCAAUUCUUCCCAUGUCACAAGAAUUUAACUGGAACAGUGCAACGGUCGGCUUAAUCCAGUCCUCUUUCUUCUGGGGAUAUCUUCUCACACAGAUUCUGGGAGGCAUAUGGGCAGAUAAGUUUGGGGGGAAGGCAGUUUUAGGUUUUGGUGUCAUUUGGUGGUCCAUUGCCACAGUUAUGACACCAAUUGCUGCUAGAUUGGGUCUCCCAUUUCUGCUCAUCAUGCGUGCAUUCAUGGGCAUUGGCGAGGGUGUUGCCAUGCCUGCAAUGAACAACAUGCUUUCUAAAUGGAUUCCUGUCUCUGAGAGAAGCAGAUCGCUUGCGCUAGUGUACAGUGGCAUGUAUCUUGGCUCUGUUACAGGAUUGGCGUUCUCUCCUGUACUAAUCCACAAGUUUGGAUGGCCAUCUGUUUUCUAUUCUUUUGGUUCCCUUGGAAGUAUAUGGUUUGUGCUAUGGCUAAAAAAUGCAUAUAGCACUCCUAAGGAUGACCCAAAUCUAACUGCAGAAGAAAAGAUGGUCAUACUCGGUGGAAACAAACCACGGGAACCUGUUACAGUCAUUCCAUGGAAGCUGAUACUAUCUAAGGCUCCUGUCUGGGCUCUCAUAAUCUCUCACUUUUGUCAUAAUUGGGGAACUUUCAUUCUAUUGACAUGGAUGCCAACAUAUUACAAUCAGGUUUUGAAGUUCAACCUCACUGAAUCUGGGCUCUUUUGCGUUUUGCCAUGGUUAACCAUGGCUGUUUUUGCAAAUCUUGGAGGGUGGAUUGCUGAUACUCUUGUGAGCAAAGGUCUUUCCAUAACAGCAGUUCGCAAGAUCAUGCAAUCGAUUGGUUUUCUGGGUCCUGCCUUCUUCCUGACUCAGCUGAGCCAUGUCAAAACUCCUGCCAUGGCGGUUCUGUGCAUGGCAUGCAGUCAGGGUUCUGAUGCGUUCUCGCAGUCCGGUCUCUAUUCAAAUCACCAAGACAUUGGGCCACGCUAUGCUGGUGUACUCUUGGGACUUUCAAACACAGCAGGUGUGCUCGCUGGUGUGUUUGGCACCGCUGCUACUGGCUACAUACUCCAACGAGGUUCAUGGGACGAUGUGUUCAAAGUAGCAGUUGCACUGUACAUAGUCGGAACGCUGGUCUGGAACUUCUUUGCUACCGGGGAGAAGGUGCUCGACUAAGCCCGCAUUUCAUGAGCAUCAAAUCACAUAAGAUUGCCUAAAAAAAAUCAAGCAAUGGAACCGACUGCAAUCCAUGGACACAAGCAUGGAAGACUUAAAAUGAAAAAAAAACCUGCAAAGGUUUGAGAAAGUUUAUUAUUCUUCUUAUCACCUUAAACUCAAAAUGAUGUCUAAAAUGCUCGUCCAUGGAUUGUGCAUCUGUGUUAUGCAUCGACCUCAGAUAAUGUCGUGGCCGUUUGCUUGCUGCUAAUGAAUGGGUUUAAUCAGAUCUCUUUUCCAA